AUGUCGAUCUACAUCAACUUUGACUGCGACAAGUGGUGCAUUAACUUGAGUCAAUACAUCAUUGAAAACUUAGUCAAAAUACAACAGAAAUAUUCGAUUUUGAGUUAUCCGAUACGCGAACUUCUUCACCACCUUUUAAAAACGAUUUCGCAGCCACAAAAAGACGGUCAAAAUUCCGAGAAGAGCAUUCAAAACACUCCCGAAGUCACUCGGAAACUUGAGAAAGACCGCGACGAGAAAAUUUCAAAUGCGGUGAACAAGAACAUUCAAAGUGGUAUUGAGAUGUACCACCGCCUUACAAAUAACUCUGCGAAUGAGAUCACAGCAAAAGAAGUCGCUGAGAUGUUCCAUACGGUGAAAGGGAUCGACAAACAACUUAUCGGCGACUUCUUCGAGAAACGCCGCGACUUCAACAUCGCGGUGUUACAGGAGUACUUAACGCCGUACACCACAAACAAAGAUUUGUUCGCGGGCUUCUGCGCGUUCAUCGAAUCAACUAAACUCCCGAAGGAAACAAAUUCAAUUAAUCACCUCUUCGAAGACUACGCAAAGUACUUUGCAGAGUCUUCUAAGCAAUUCACACAGGACGACACUUUGUAUCUGAUCAGCGGGACUCUUCUCUUAAAUGUUGAGUUACAUCACCCGAUGAUGAAAGACAAGAGGACAAAAGAACAGUUCGUCAGCGCGUUGAGUGAGAUGGCCCCGGGUAUCCCGUCGUCGUAUGUCGGGGACAUCUAUGACUUUAUUGAAAGUCAUGAGUUUUAUAUCCCCAGCGACGAACCUACCACCGACUUGUCACACAUCGCAGAGGAUCUUGCGAACAUGCGACGGAAGUGUUCGGUGUACUACAACGGACUUGUUUAUUCAUCGAAGAGCAGCGACGAGGUGACGAUGAAGAUCGUGAAGUUACUUGUUCAAAACAUCACGGUGGAGUUUGAAGAGGCAAACACCGUCGAAAGGCUUGAAAAUGCGUGUAAGGCCUUUUUAAAGAUGGCGGAGCUCAGCUGCGAGUUGCAGAGCUCCGUCAUCGGAGAGUACGUCUUGAAUGUCUUAAUCAAGUCCAGCUCCGUCUUAAAUAUGCCCGACCUCGCCUCGUUCUGCUUCGACGUCAAGAAAAUCAAAUCUGGACUUCUCAUUCUUGAGAUGUUUUGGCGGAACGAAAUGUACAUCUUGAAAUUCGCACCGUUCUGCCGAUUUUUGAGUUCGUUGCGAGAAAUCGAUCUCUUUCCUGAGAUCGUUGAAAAAAGGGGCAGCGAACUGGUCCGGGUGUUAACACCCGCGGCAAAAGAAAAAAUCAAUUCGGGGUGGCUCAGUUCCUUUUUUGGAAACGAAAAUCAGACGGAGGAAAAUAUUGACAAAACGAAAUACGCGUUUAAAAACAAAAGCGAUUUGAAUAACAUUAUGAAUAACAUUUUUGAAAAACAUCCGACGCAUUUCAAAAAUUUUGUUGAUGGGUUUUUCGAGGUGAUUGUGAGUGAUGACAACAUACGUCUUGUUUCAAAUAGUUUGGUUCUAGUUCACCACAUUCUUGUGGCGAAUAAUCAGAUUGAGGCGAGAUUUGACGAUGUGAUUGCGGUGUCGGAACGCAAAAGCGUUGUUGGUGAAUACCUCAAUAUAUUGCCACUCUCACUCUACGAUCUUGCCGAAACGGUGAGUGUCCGGAUGAGUGCAUCUGUUCUUCAACUUCUCAAAAAAUUGAGUGAUGAUUUUUGGGAGAAAGAGAAGAAAUUUUUGACGCAAAUCUUAGGGAAACUAGUCCUCAAUGUGGGUGAGAAACGUGCCUAUGAUAUGCUUUGUGAAUUUUUGCUUGAAAAGUCGACUCAGCCGACGCUGACUGAGAUUCUCUCUCAAAACGUCCAUCUGUUACUCCCAGUCAUUCAGAGUUCCCAUUAUCUUACAGAAAAUAAGUGUCAAUUAGGGGUGAUUCUCUUUAACAUUUACAAGACGAGUGUUGCGACGAGCUUUAGUGAGUAUGUCGACGUCCUAGGACGGGUCUACGCCACUCUGAUCCCCGAAUGCGACACGGAGAAGUCGUUGAUCCAAAGCGUUCAGUCCCUCUCCCUCUUUCUCUUUGUGGCCUGUUGUCACCCAACGGCGGAGAUAAGGCAGAAGGCGUUGACCAUCCUUCAAAGCGCGACGCCAACGUUCUUUGUGAAAGUUGAUAAGGAAACGACGCUCUAUUUCUUCAAAUCACUCGCAACCUUCGUCGGUGGAAUUUGCGCUAAAAAAAGGCCCGAAAUCCCGAAUCGGUGCGUCGAUUUGGUCCUCAAAAUUCUGUUGGGCGCUCAUUCCAUCAUCUUGAAAAAAAGUGAGGAAUGUUGGAACGUCGUCCUGGGUAUUGUCAAAAAAAUGAAGGAAAACGGUGAUAUCGACCAGAUGAUUUCUGAGGCUCUCAAAAACACACUGUUCGUCUUGAUUUGCGAUAACAUCAUCGUCGAAGGAAAUAAACUCUGGAACGACAGUUGGGAGGUUUUAGACGGCGUCUUAAACAAAGCCGAUUUCGUCAAAACAAAACAACUUGAUGACGUCAAAAAUGACGAGAAAACAACAGAAGAUAAAACGGGAACAACUGAAAAGAAAGAUGAAAAAAGUUGA